CCGCCGGCCGCCCGGGGAGCGCCGCGGGCGAGCCCGGCGGCUCCGGUGGAAGUUGAAGGCUGGUCCCCCCGGCGGGCCGCUCCGCCGGCUGCGAGGGGGCGGGCGGCGCCGGGUGCCCGAGGAGGAGCCCGAGCAGCCCGGGCGGCGGGGAGAGCCGGCGGGCGGGCGGCGCGGCUUCAUGGGCAGCUGACGCCAGCAUGGUCCUCGCCCUCAACGGCAGCCACCUCUACGGUAACCUCCGGCCCGCGGUCCUGGAGGACCCGCGGGCGCUGAGCGGCGGCAGGAUGAUUGCCGGCUCCUGGCCCCCGCGCAGCCUGGCGAAGCUGGGCCCGUCGCCCCCCCCGUCGGCGCUGCCCACGGCGAGCCCCCUCCCCGCCAACGACUCCCAGUGCGGGGAGCAGAUCCUCAGCUACGGCAACGUGGAGAAAGUUGUCAUCGGGGCCGUCCUCUCCCUCAUCACCCUGCUGACCGUCGCCGGCAACUGCCUGGUGGUCAUCUCCGUCUGCUUCGUGAAGAAGCUGCGGCAGCCCUCCAACUAUCUCAUCGUCUCGCUGGCCCUGGCCGACCUCUCGGUGGCCCUGGCCGUCAUGCCCUUCGUCAGCGUGACCGACCUCAUCGGCGGCGAGUGGAUCUUCGGGCGCCUCUUCUGCAACGUCUUCAUCGCCAUGGACGUCAUGUGCUGCACGGCCUCCAUCAUGACUCUCUGCGUGAUAAGUAUCGACAGGUACCUGGGAAUAACGAGACCUCUUACGUACCCUGUAAGGCAGAAUGGGAAGUGUAUGGCCAAAAUGAUCCUGUGUGUAUGGCUCUUAUCUGCCUCUAUCACUAUACCCCCGCUCUUCGGUUGGGCCCAAAAUGUAAAUGAUGAAAAAGUUUGUUUGAUCAGUCAGGACUUCGGCUACACUAUUUACUCCACAGCAGUUGCAUUUUAUAUUCCAAUGUCAGUGAUGCUUUUCAUGUACUAUCAGAUUUACAAAGCUGCCAGGAGGAGUGCUGCUAAACACAAGUUUGCUGGUUUUCCCCGGCUGGAAGAAAUAGAAGGGAUUUCUAUGAACGGAAUUGUAAAACUGCACAAGGAAUCUGAAGAAUGUACUAAUUUUUCACGGCUCCUAAAGCAUGACAAGAAAAACAUUUCCAUCUUUAAAAGAGAACAGAAAGCUGCCACUACGCUUGGGAUUAUUGUUGGGGCUUUCACUGUCUGCUGGCUGCCCUUCUUCCUCCUCUCAACUGCCAGGCCCUUCAUCUGUGGUACAGCAUGCAGCUGUAUCCCACUGUGGGUUGAGAGAACAUUUCUAUGGUUGGGUUAUGCAAACUCUCUCAUUAACCCUUUUAUAUAUGCCUUCUUCAAUCGGGACCUGAGGACAACUUAUCGCAACCUCCUGCAAUGCAGAUAUAGGAACAUCAACCGGAAACUAUCAGCUGCAGGGAUGCAUGAGGCUCUGAAGCUUGCAGAAAAGCCGGAAUUUGUUCUGAGAAGUUCUGAUUUCUCCAGGGAAAAAGAGUCAUGACCAAAUGUACAUCAAAGCAGCUAGAAAAAGCCAAGCCAGAACUGGAAGAAGAAAAAUGAAGAGUUGGCUUCUGAAAAACUGGAUAGAUUUAUGAAAUGUACUUUAUCAUCUUUUGAUGGGAAUGUGCUAAAAAUACUGAAUGAGCUCAAUACAUUACAUUAAAUACAUUUCUAUGGGAAGUAGUCACAUCUUGUUUGUUAUGGAGAAAAGUGCUGCUAUAUACAAAUGAAAAUAGUUUUCUGCCUGAGAAAGCCAAAUCAUUUGAGCAAUAAGAGUUUGGCACAUAGGGUGGGGAGAAACAAAUGCAACUAAAACUCAGAGAUAAAGCACUGUACAGAUUUCCAGCACAUUAAACAAUGUAGAAGAGCAUUCAUUUAUGUUUACCAUGCUUGUGGAUUGUAACAUUGGUAUUAAUAUUCAGGGAUCAUCAGUGAUACCAAAUGUAUUUUGUUGUACUACAAAAAGAGGUUUUCAGGCAAGUGGUGGCUCUGUGGUUGUUUGCAGGGCUUGUGUUAAAGAGAUGCUACGCACCUGGAAUGGGUUCGAGAAAAGCAACAAUAAAAGACCAAUUUUUGUAAAAGCA